AAAGUCGCUCUUCCGUCCCCUGACCAGGUGACCUUUGGGCUCCGGGAUGGAUCCCAGGAAGACGUUGGCGUUUGUGGGGACGGUGCCUGAGCAAGAGAGACAGGUCACAGCCAAAGAGACCAGUCGGAAAAUCUUAUCUAAACUUACCAUGCCUGCACGUCCCAGGGAGCAAGCAACGAAGCAGAGCUUCGCCUUUGACAAUAUUGGCUAUGAAGGGGGUCUGGACAGCCUCUCCUCAUCCCAAGCCACCACCAGCGUGGUUAGCAUCCUGGGCAUGACUUGCCAUUCUUGUGUCAAGUCCAUCGAGGACAGGAUCUCUAGUCUGAAAGGCAUUGUGAGCAUCAAGGUUUCCCUGGAACAAGGCAGCGCUACUGUCAAACAUGUGCCAUCAGUCAUGAGCCUGCAGCAGAUUUGCCUUCAGAUUGAGGAUAUGGGCUUUGAGGCCAGUGCUGCAGAAGGAAAGGCUGCCUCUUGGCCAUCCAGGUCCUCCGCAGCCGAGGAGGCCGUGGUUAAGCUCCGGGUUGAGGGCAUGACCUGUCAGUCUUGUGUCAACUCCAUCGAAGGCAAGAUCCGGAAGCUGCAAGGGGUCGUGAGAAUCAAAGUCUCCCUCAGCAACCAGGAGGCCGUUGUCACAUAUCAACCUUACCUCAUUCAACCCGAAGACCUCAGGGACCACAUCUGUGAUAUGGGAUUUGAAGCUGCCAUCAAGAACAGAACAGCUCCCCUAAGGCUGGGACCAAUUGAUAUAGACAAGUUGGAAAGCACUAACCUAAAGAGACCAGCAGUUUCUCCUAACCAGAAUUCCAAUAACUCUGAGACCCCAGGGCACCAAGGGAGCCACAUGGCCACCCUCCAACUGAGAAUAGACGGGAUGCACUGUAAGUCCUGCGUUCUGAAUAUCGAAGGAAACAUAGGUCAACUCCCAGGGGUUCAAAGUAUUCAAGUGUCCUUGGAGAACAAAGCUGCCCAGAUUCAGUAUGACCCUUCUUGUAUCACCCCCUUGCUCCUACAGAAGGCCAUUGAGGCACUGCCACCUGGGCGCUUUAAAGUUUAUCUCCCUGAUGGAGUAGAGGGGAGUGAGCCCGAGAGCGGGUCUUUCAGCUCUCCCUCCCCUGCUUCCUCCCAGAGACACCAAGAGCAGGGCCCGUGUAGUACGGCGGCGGUGCUCAGCAUCACUGGCAUUUCUGGUGCAUCGUCUGUUCCGCCCAUCGAAGGCAUGCUGUCCCAGCGGGAAGGUGUGCAGCGAGUCUCCAUCUCUGCGGCCGAAGGGACUGGAACAGUUUUUUAUGAUCCCUCAAUAGUUAGCGCGGAUGAACUCCGAGCGGCUGUAGAAGACAUGGGAUUAGAGGUGUCAGUGAAUUCCGAAAACUUUCCUAUCAACCGUGUCAAAAACUUCAGCUCUGGGAAUUCUGUGCCGCAUACCAUGGGUGGUACUCCAGAGUCUACGCAGAACCUGGUUUCCAGUGCUAGAGGGGUCCCCGCAAACCAUGAUCCUGGCCACUCGUCAGAUACCCCACCAUCCCCGGGAACAGCAGCACCGCAGAAGUGCUUUGUAGAGAUCAGAGGCAUGACCUGUGCGUCCUGUGUGUCUAACAUAGAGAGGGGUCUUCAGAGACAUGCCGGUAUUCUCUCUGUGUUGGUUGCCUUGAUGUCGGGAAAGGCGGAGGUCAAGUAUAAUCCAGAGGUCAUCCAGCCACCCAGAAUAGCUCAGCUUAUCCAGGACCUGGGCUUUGGAGCAACAGUCAUGGAGGACAACACAGUCUCUGAAGGUGACAUCGAACUGAUUAUCUUAGGGAUGACCUGCGCUUCCUGUGUCCACAACAUAGAGUCCAAGCUCACGAGGACAAAUGGCAUCACUUACGCCUCUGUGGCCCUCGCCACCAACAAAGCCCAUGUGAAGUUUGAUCCCGAAAUCAUUGGACCACGGGAUAUCAUCAAGAUUAUUGAGGAAACCGGCUUUCAUGCUUCCUUGGCCCAGAGACAUCCCAGCGCUCAUCACUUGGACCACAAGGUGGAAAUAAAACAGUGGAAGAAAUCUUUCCUGUGUAGCCUGGUGUUUGGCAUCCCUGUCAUGGGCUUGAUGAUCUACAUGUUAAUCCCCAGCAAUAAGCCCCAUGAGACAAUGGUCCUGGACCACAACAUCAUUCCAGGACUGUCCAUUCUAAAUCUCAUCUUCUUCAUCUUGUGUACCUUUGUCCAAUUCUUUGGUGGGUGGUACUUCUAUGUUCAAGCCUACAAAUCCUUGAGACACAAGUCAGCCAACAUGGAUGUGCUCAUCGUACUGGCCACGACCAUUGCCUACGCCUACUCCCUGGUCAUCCUGGUGGUUGCCAUCGCUGAGAAGGCUGAGAAGAGCCCUGUGACAUUCUUUGACACACCCCCCAUGCUCUUUGUGUUCAUCGCCCUUGGGCGGUGGCUGGAGCACGUGGCAAAGAGCAAAACCUCAGAAGCCCUGGCAAAACUCAUGUCACUCCAAGCCACAGAAGCCACAGUCGUGACCCUUGGUGAGGACAACUUAAUCCUCAGAGAGGAGCAAGUGCCCAUGGAGCUGGUGCAGCGAGGUGACAUCAUCAAGGUUGUCCCUGGGGGCAAGUUCCCAGUGGACGGGAAAGUCUUGGAAGGCAAUACCAUGGCCGAUGAGUCCCUCAUCACAGGAGAGGCCAUGCCUGUCACUAAGAAGCCCGGCAGUGUAGUGAUCGCUGGCUCUAUAAAUGCUCACGGCUCAGUGCUCAUUAAAGCCACCCACGUGGGCAACGACACUACGUUGGCUCAGAUUGUGAAGCUGGUGGAAGAGGCUCAGAUGUCAAAGGCACCCAUUCAGCAGCUGGCUGACCGGUUUAGUGGAUAUUUUGUCCCAUUUAUCAUCAUCAUUUCAACCUUAACAUUGGUGGUGUGGAUUGUCAUCGGUUUUGUCGAUUUUGGUGUUGUUCAGAAAUACUUCCCUAACCCGAGCAAGCAUAUCUCGCAGACAGAGGUGAUCAUCCGUUUCGCCUUCCAGACGUCCAUCACCGUGCUGUGCAUCGCCUGCCCCUGCUCCUUGGGGCUGGCCACACCCACAGCAGUUAUGGUGGGCACUGGGGUGGCGGCCCAGAAUGGUGUCCUGAUCAAAGGAGGCAAGCCUCUGGAGAUGGCACACAAGAUAAAGACUGUUAUGUUCGACAAAACUGGCACCAUCACCCACGGGGUCCCCAGAGUCAUGCGGUUCCUGUUGCUUGUGGACACAGCCACACUGUCCCUCAGGAAGGUUCUGGCUGUUGUGGGUACUGCAGAGGCCAGCAGUGAGCACCCCUUGGGCGUGGCAGUCACCAAAUACUGCAAAGAGGAACUUGGGACAGAGACCCUGGGAUACUGCACAGACUUCCAGGCAGUGCCGGGCUGUGGGAUUGGCUGUAAAGUUAGCAACGUGGAAAGCAUCCUGGCUCACAGUGAUCCGACUGGUGCCCUGAAUGGGGAUGGCAACUCUCCCACAGGAAAAGGUUCAAGCCCGCAGACCUUCUCGGUGCUGAUUGGAAACCGGGAAUGGAUGAAGCGCAACGGUUUGACCAUCUCCAGUGAGAUCAGUGACACCAUGACAGACCAUGAGAUGAAAGGACAGACAGCCAUCCUGGUGGCUAUUGAUGGUGUGCUCUGCGGGAUGAUUGCCAUCGCAGACGCCGUUAAACCAGAGGCUGCCCUGGCUAUCUACACACUGAAAAGCAUGGGCGUGGAUGUGGCUCUAAUCACAGGGGACAACCGCAAGACAGCCAGAGCCAUUGCCACUCAGGUCGGCAUCAACAAAGUCUUUGCUGAGGUGCUGCCUUCUCACAAGGUGGCCAAGGUCCAGGAACUCCAGAACGAAGGGCAGAAAGUAGCCAUGGUGGGAGACGGCGUGAACGACUCCCCAGCCUUGGCCCAGGCCGACGUGGGGAUUGCUAUUGGGACCGGCACAGACGUCGCCAUCGAAGCAGCAGACGUGGUUCUUAUCAGAAAUGACUUACUAGACGUGGUGGCCAGUAUUCAUCUUUCCAAGAGGACUGUCCGGCGGAUCCGGGUCAAUCUGGUGCUGGCAUUGAUUUAUAACAUGGUUGGAAUACCUAUUGCCGCAGGUGUCUUCAUGCCCAUUGGCAUCGUCCUGCAGCCGUGGAUGGGCUCAGCGGCCAUGGCAGCCUCCUCUGUGUCUGUGGUGCUCUCCUCUCUUCAGCUCAAGUGCUACAGAAAGCCUGACGUGGAGAGAUACGAGGCACAGGCCCAUGGCCGCAUGAAGCCUCUGAGCGCAUCCCAGGUCAGUGUGCACGUUGGCAUGGAUGACCGACGGCGGGAUUCUCCUAAGGCCACGCCGUGGGACCAGGUCAGCUAUGUGAGCCAAGUGUCUCUGUCCUCCUUGACAUCAGACAGACUGUCUCGUCAUGGUGGCACAGCAGAUGACACUGGGGACAAAUGGUCCCUGCUUCUGAGUGACAGGGAUGAAGAGCAGUGCAUCUGAGAGCUCAGGUGGCAGCCCUGGGCAGGCCAAGGUGCCCCUCUAGGUGAGCCUGCAUCUGCUCAAUCUGGUUGAGCCUGCAGGGGUAGCCCCAACAAGUAGCAGUGUGUGUGUGUGUGUGGGGUCAAGCUCAUCUCGAGCCCCGACCAUCCUGCUAGCCUUCCUGCAGUGUGUGAGAACUUAACCUGGUGUAUCUGCAGACACCGGGUAGGACUGCUCUCUCCAAACCGUGCUUGGGUUCUAGUAUAGGAGAGAAAGCCAGCACUCCUCAGAGCUCUGCCUCCUGGGUUUGCAUGACUGGCAGUGAAAUGGGGAACCCUCAGUACCAAAAGCCUAGCCAAGCGCCCUGGAGAGCGCCCGUCCAGAGCUUUUCCAUACUGAGAGCUCUCAGAAAGCUUGGCGUUACAUAGCGCCCAUGGGCCAUGCAAGCCGAAGGCUCCCUCAGAUGUGCCUGCUGCUUUCUGCCUUGUGUAGCUGGCAUCUUGAUACCAGGAUGUGCUUGCCCUCUGUCUUGGGUUAGAUGCUCUGGCUCCUUGCAUUUUCUGCCUAAAUGUGACUCCCCGAUUUACACCCCAACCCAAAAGCUUCCCUGCAUCCCUCUUUACUCUGAGGAGAGAUUUCUGUACCGCUUAGAGCCAGUUCUGCAGAUUUGUACAUGCUGCUCCCAAACAGCUGGAGGGAAGCCAGAGUCCAUUUUCCCGGGGGGGUCCAGGUCCUCGUCACCCAGGGCAUCCUAUAUGGUCCUGCCAUGACCUUGGUGCUUAAAGCAGUGUCUUUUGGUGGGCAUAAGCAUAAGGGAACCUUCCUGUCAGCUAGUGAGGUCCCGUGGAGUUUGUCACAAAUGCCUACUGUGUGUCCCUAGAGGGAACUGUUCCAUCAGAAGAGAGUGUUCUGAGAGAGCUGUCUGCUGCUGAGGGACAUCUAAUAGAGGGACAUGCACAGCUCCCCAGUAAAAUGGCUUUGUCAUCAAUGACUGAUUGUGGUCAGGUGGCAUCAGAAGGCCCUGCUUAACCGAGCUCCUGUACUACCUGGAACAGAUUGGCAGAAUCAGAUUCCUCUCAUUGUGACACACACAAAAAAAUAUUGCCUUUAUUGAAUGUCACUUAUUGCCAGGGGCAGUUCUUGCAGAUUUAAUUGUCUCUUUCCCUACAAAAGUAGCUCAGUAGCUAUUGUCUACAUUUUAAAAACAAGGAAACGGAUUCAGAGGAGCUCAGUGUCUCCCUAGGAACUCACAGCCAGUGUGCCGUUCGGUUGGCCCUGAAGGUUGCCGCCGUCUUAAAUAUCAGUGUGCUUGGUGAGAGUAAACUGGGCAAAGGUCCUUGUCUCUGGAGGAGCAAAUGUGCCAGGACAUGUGUUAGUUGUAUCAUCCUAGAGCGCAGCUGGUCACGAGGUUACUAACCUUCAUUUGGAUGGUUAGUUUCAGUUUUGCAUAUGUGUUUUUGCGGAGUUUUUUCCUCUCAAGUCCCAAGUUCCGGGAUUUGUUGUGCUCUUUGUUUUGAACCCCUCCACACCGUCCACCAGAACUCCUCCCACUAUUUCCACCCGUUCAAUCUACAGCUUUGUUUCGGAAUAUUUUUGCUUUGGAAUAAGGUAAUCAUUUUCUAAAGAUGCUAAUUGUGUUGAUUUCUUUUUUACACCUGAGAACAGAAGCAUCAUG